UGCCAGUUUACGGACAGCUGAGGAUUUCCAGACGGGGGAUCCCGGCUAAGUACGGCCUUUUAGUAUAGAAACGCCGGGUUCUGGUGUAUUUAAAUGGAGAAAACGUACGAUUAUCUCUUCAAACUGCUGCUCAUCGGAGACAGCGGAGUCGGCAAGACAUGCCUGCUGUUCAGAUUCAGCGAGGACUCCUUCAACACCACCUUCAUAUCCACGAUAGGAAUCGAUUUCAAAAUCAGAACAAUAGAACUGGAUGGAAAGAGAGUGAAACUUCAAAUUUGGGACACUGCAGGGCAGGAGAGAUUUCGCACCAUCACUACAGCUUACUACAGAGGAGCCAUGGGCAUUAUGUUGGUUUAUGAUAUCUGCAAUGAGAAAUCCUUUGAAAAUAUUAAAAACUGGAUUCGAAAUAUUGAAGAGCAUGCAUCACCUGAUGUGGAGAAAAUGAUCCUGGGUAACAAAUGUGACAUGACUGAUAGGAGACAGGUAUCCAAAGACAGAGGCGAGAAACUGGCUAUUGAUUAUGGAGUUAAGUUCUUGGAAACCAGUGCAAAGUCUAGCUUAAAUGUAGAAGAGGUUUUUUAUACAAUGGGAAGAGACAUAUUACAUAAUCUGAGCUCAAAGACAACUGACAGCAAUGCUGUAGGAUCGGGCAAACCAAUCAAGAUCACAGAGAAAAAGUCAAAGAGAAUUAAGCUAUUCAAGUGUUCCCUCCUCUAGACUGCUCAUCUCCAGUGUUCACGACUCACAGCUAGCGUGACUUUGCAGUUUUAGAGGGCUCCUACAUCCUGAAUGUCCUCGUAGCAGAAGCAGAAGUGGUCAUACUCUACUGCUGCCUGAAACUCACAGGUUCACGAGGGGCUGAGAUGCCAUAUUUGAUCUACUGACCAGAAGAGGUUCAAUGAGGAAUGAGGCCUGAUACUGUUUAUCUGCUCAUGCAAACAAACUUCGGCAGUGGUUUGUAGCUGACCCUGCAGUUUCCGCUCACAGGAGACACUGAUUCUGGCAUUUCUAAUAGCUCCAUUGGCUCACAUGAAAAUAUCUCUGACACACAGUUGUCUUAUGAAUGCACAAGAAUAAAAAAACUCAGUCUUUCAUAUAUUGUAGCAUUAUUUUAUACAUACUACCUAAUGUCAUGUUUACUAUGCUGAUGCUUUGUGACAGAGGCAUAUCAAGUCUCAAUAUUGAUUGUAUUUGUCUGUGAAUUUAUGUAUAUUAUCAGGCUUAUAUCUCCAUUUGAAUUGGCAACAUUUCUAUUUGUUCAUAUGUGCCUAGAAGGAGUUACAGUAUUGUGAUAGAAAAGACAAAAAUAUGUAUAAACACAACCUAUUGUAUUUGUUUAUUUUUUUUAUGGAACCUUUAUUUAUACAGGUUUUCUAUGUAAAAAUGUGACUGAAUGGCUUGUUUGUUUCUUGGAAACUACUUAAUACAUAUUGUUUUUGUCAGUGUUUGCAUGAAAGCUACAGGGGCACCUCUGAGCAGUUCAUUAUUAAGCACAUUUUACAGUAUUUGAAAAAAGGUUUACAGACUUUAUAUAGACUCUAUAUAGAAAAUUUAUGUUUUUGUUCUUCACAUAGUAUAUAUAUAUGUAAACACGAGUAACGUCUGUAUAAACUUUAUUUCCACCUUAAAUUGUAGGG